ACGAAAUCUGUCACAUCCAAGCAUUGGUUGGCUUGUCCUGGGAAACCGCAUUCGGCAGAGCCAGUACACAGUCUGGGAAUUUCGAGAGUGAACGACAAACGUUAGGGAGUUUGUACCUAACUCCAGUAACGGCCCAAAGUUGAUUGAACAUUACGUUGCCUUUGAUUUCAGAUGCACUCGUGUAUUCAUGGUAGAGGUUGUUCACACACGCAAGUCCAACCCUAGGUUUUUACCUCACUUUGUCAUGGCUCUACCCUAUCCCUGCUUGCCCAAAUGAGUCACGUGAUGGUCCUGGACUCCUCUGAAAAGCGUAUCCUUUAAGGCUCCUACCUUUCCUGAGGGAAAUGGUGGUCAGACAAGUUAUAUUUGCAACCUAAUGACUUGGUCGUGAUUUGCAACACCAGGAGAUUCUGGGAGAGUCAAAAAUGGGGGACAAUUGCUUGUGAGAGUGCCCUGGCUUCUUCUCAAGGCUUUUCAGCGUGGAGUGGAGAGGCUUCAGUUCACUCAGUGAGGGUAUCCAUGAAGACCAAUGGACAGUUGAAGACUUGGCAGGUGGGGAUCUCAGUGAACAACAUCCUCCAGAUCUGUCUUAAGGAAGUGACCAUGUCUGUGGGUGGCUACAAAAAGAUUUUCUGAAGCACAUACCAUGCAGCCCCCAGGAACUCAGGAAUGAUUGAAUAAGUCCCUUUCCUAAGAAUAGGUGAUUGUGUGUUUCUCUUCACCUUGUCUGACCAAAAAAUCAUGGGACUACUUUACAAGCUUCCAUUGGAUACUUGUAGAAUAUAACUGAGGAUUUCUGUAUGCAUCCAUCCUUCAGGGUUACAAAGGGAGUCUUUCACAGUUGCCUUCUGCAGUGCCUUAGGGGCACACUGAGGCUUACAAGGACUCCAUCAGACAGACAGAGAAGAAAGGGGUCAACAAAAAUUAGGCAGCAGGACUGUGACCUUGGCAGUCUAGUGACCUAAUCUAUUCCCUUCACUGACAGGUGAGCCAUCCCUUUGGUGUCCCCUGUAGCAGAUAUGGUAACACUAGAGAGUUUUUGAAUGACACCCAUGAGAGGCAAAACCUGUGGUCAAUAUUUGAUGGAACUGCUCUUGGAGUUCAGUAAACUUCUUUCCUUGCAGACAGCAGCAUGAGCAUGUAACACAAAGAAGGCGCGGCUGCUGUGGAGACUUCUGGGAAAUGGAGUGCAUGCGAAGGCGGCACAUUGAUUGGAGCCCAGAGGCGGAAGACCUUCCCACAAGCGCACUCCCUUCCCGACCGGAGGCGGUGUAGCGUUCGAAGGUUCCCAGAACUCUUGUGGAAGUUUUUGUUAACAGGAUUCAAACUAGACAUACUUGGGAAAGAGAAUCUCAACUGAGUUGCCUCCAUCAGAUUGACCUGACACUGUUCUUCCCUCCCAGGACAGCAUAGGAGGGAUUGGCUACUGUAUCUCCACCUACCAUGUGCCAGGCCAAUGAAGGGCUCCAAAGUAAGAUGACAUUCAGUACCCUGAGCCUGUGGCCUUCCCAGAAGCUGACAGAACAGACAUCGGUGACAUUUGAAGAUGUGGCUGUGACUUUCACAGAUGAAGAGUGGAGGCAUCUGGUCCCUGUGCAGAGGGCACUCUACAAGACAGUGAUGUUGGAAACCUAUGAGACCAUCAUCUCACUGGGGAUUCCCAUUCCUUGGUCUGACGUGAUUCUUCAGUUGGAGAAAAGGGACAAGCCAUGGACACAGGGUCUUCUUGGAUCCAAGGAGAAAGAAUGGCCAGAGAGCAUCUCUCUAGACCAGGAGACUAAGCCUGAGAGCCUAGCUGCUUCAGAAGGAACACUGGGAGAAAGCCAUAGACAGCAAAGUCCUCUGUGCCCUAAACCUAAAGUUCAAACACUAGCAGGUGGGUCAGGACCAGAAAAGGAAAGACUUGAAGCAGAGACUUGCAAGAAACCCCUUUCCCUGGACAAAAGCUUGAAGGGAAGGUCAGCCCCAUCCAAGAAAAUCCUCACUAAACGGCAAGACCAGGAAUGUAGGGACUGUGGGAAGACCUUCUUUGAUCAUUCAUCCCUCAUCCGCCACCAGAGAACUCACACUGGAGAGAAGCCCUAUGACUGUCCUGAGUGUGGGAAGGCCUUCAGUCACAGGAGCAGUCUCAGUAGACAUCUGAUGUCCCACACGGGAGAGAGCCCAUAUGAGUGCAGUGUGUGUGGCAAAGCCUUCUUUGACCGUUCAUCCCUAACUGUACAUCUGCGGAUUCACACAGGAGAGAAGCCUUUUAAAUGCAGUGAGUGUGGGAAAGCCUUCUUUGACCGAUCAUCCCUAACCCGCCACCAGAGAAUCCAUACUGGCGAAAGUCCCUAUGAAUGUCAACAGUGUGGAAAAGCCUUUAGCCAGAAGAGCAUUCUCACUCGUCACCAGCUGAUCCACACUGGCAGGAAGCAGUAUGUAUGCAGUGAGUGCGGGAAAGCUUUCUAUGGGGUUUCUUCCCUAAACAGACACCAGAAAGAACACAAUGGGGAGCCGCACCAUCAGUGCAAUGAGUGUGGGAAAGCCUUCUUUGACCGCUCUUCUCUCACACAGCACCAGAAGAUACACACUGGAGACAAGCCGUAUGAGUGCAGCGUGUGUGGGAAAGCCUUCAGCCAGAGGUGCCGGCUCACACAACAUCAGAGAGUUCAUACAGGGGAGAAACCCUUUGAGUGUAGUGUGUGUGGAAAAGAGUUCAGCUUCAAGUCCUCAGUUAUUCAACAUCAGAGGCGUUAUGCCAAACAAGGGACAGACUGACCAGGGGAGAAGCAUGAGCUUCCCAAAGGGCCCUCCUAUAAAAUAGGUCUCCCUGUCAUCUGCAAACCCAGCAUUUGCUCGUACUGACUACUCUGGCUGCCAUCUUCCCGUCCCACCUCUGCUAGGCAGUAUCUGAGUAAACAGUGUACCUAUUGUGCAACAGAACAAACAUGGAUUGAAGAAACUGAAAGAUGAAUCUGCAGAUUCAAAAUCGUGUACAGAGGCUGGGUGUAGCGCAGUGAUGGAAUACCGCCUCAUAUGAGGCCCUGCUGUCUGAUCCCCAGCACUUCAAAAGAAAGCUGGAACAAUUGUCAAACAUCAGGAUAGAUGUUAGAAGGGGAAUCUGCAGACAUAACCUUAUGAGAACAUAAACACUGCACUUGAAAUAAAUGCAGGCUGUUACAGUAGGGGAAUGUCACAGCUAUGGGAGAGCACCAUUUUCUCCAGAAGUUUCUAUAGCUUUUAGUCCUUUUGAAGCUUUUUGGAACACAGACCUUGUCUCGUGCCCUAGCAUUUCGCCUGCCUAGUACUUAGUAGUAUUGGUAGCACUUAUUAAGCACUUAUUUUGGGGUAAACACUCAGCAGAGAAAUAUAGAAGGGCUAGAUUGACUGAUCCUUUAACUGAAUCUGUGAGACAGGUCCCUUUGCUGUAUCACUCUCACAGAUGAGCACAGUGAAGUUUGGAGAGAUUAAGUUAUAUACUCGGGUGACACAAGGUGAAGCCAGGUUUUCUAUUGCUGUGUAGAGAU